AUGGCAUCCUCAUGGAAAAACUGGAUUUGGUUACUCUGGAGACGGACUUUAGUUCCCUCUCUCCUCGUGCUUUGGGUCACCUGUCUCGGGACACACGGAGGAGAGGAUGAAGCUUUUAAUGCAGAGGUAAUUGGAACAUCUUCACUGAAAAUGUCAAUGUUCAGAAAGUUCCCUGUGUUACAACAAUGCUGUAGUGUUUAUACAAAAACUAGUUUUAAUGUAUCAUAAUAUUCUGCAAAACACACAAGUUAUUAAAAACCUCUCACCAAAUCCCUGUUAACUUUAGCUGAUAUUGCAAUUUGACUGCCCAUCUUUCAAUAGAUAUGGUUGCGCAUAACCUUGACAACCUUGCGCUCAUCUGAUGGCACAAAAUAACAAUUCUGUGUGCUGGGGACAGGUAUUCUUAAUAAUUUUGGAUACCCUGCAAGAACACCAAAAUAUUUGUUAGGUCAAGUCUGUUCCAGUCCUGAAACAAAAAGUCAGAUCAUUACUAUAAAUGUCUCUUAUUCGUAAGGCAUUCAUGAGUGCAAAUUGGGCACUUUUACACACACAUUUUGAACUUAAUGACCCAGCUCAUUCGGUCUGAGGAACUCGAUCCAGCACCCCAAGCUGCAUAUCCUGCUCAUAACUAGCUGUUCCACAAUAACAGGACUAUCCCUUGUGCGCCGCCAACAGGGUCCUCCUGGGCUGGAACUUCUCCCCAAAAAGGCCAUGCCGCUAGCCAAACUACACAAAUCUUACUCAUUCACUGACACACUGACACACUCUUGCAGUCAGCACCAUAUGUGGAAAGCUGCUGUUCUUAAAGGAUCUCUGGGUCAGAUUAAGUAAUCCCACUUUCAUUACCACAUUCUGUAAGCACAUAUCCAUAUUAUUGGUUCACCACUUUACCUUCCUACAGGUAGGGUUGUUUUGCUUUCUUGAAAUACUACAACAGCACCUGAAAAGAUAUCUGCAUCACUGACUGAGCCGUGCUCAUCUCACUAGUUGCCCCCUGCUUUGGACAUAUUCAUCAACGGAAUGAUUAAAUGUGGGGGGAAUAGGCAAAUGCUUUCGCAGUUUGUUUCCAGACCAUCACUCUUUCUGUCUUCUGCAGUAGGCAGUGCUGAUUCCCAACCUGCUCCAGAUAGGUGAGAGUGAGCUGAGAUGUAGGCUAAUGAGCUUAGCAUUAAACAUGUGUCCCAUAGGGAAUACAAUGUCCCAACAAAUGUGUAGAGAAGAAUACGCCCCUCUAGUUUUCCUUUACAACACACCAACUGAAUGUGGAGGGCCAGUUUCAAUCCAGCAGAGCAGAAUCGAAAGUUUGUAAUACCUUUUCUCCUUUGUUAUUGUAUAGGUCUGUGUUUUUGUGGACUUUGUCCCAGCUGCACCCACUUAACCAUGCUGUGUUGACUUUAGUGCUUAGCCUCUCCUGUCAGGUCAAGGCUUAAUGAAGGGGUCAGUUAUGCACACACUGUUUCUUUUUCUCUCACAGGCCACUGCAGUUGAGGUUGGUUGUUGUGUUGUGACUAUCAAAAAUGUUAAGCCACUUUGAAAUCAUAGUAUUAAAACGUAGCCAUGUGAGGCAGUCUGAACUACGCACAAUCAGCCUGGAUCCUUUGCCAACACAUGUGUAUACACAUUUCUCACACCUGUGGGGCUUGUGGCAGAUUUAACAGAUAUACCGUAGCACCUUUAUGCUAGCUGGAAGGUUCCUGUGCUGUGAGAGAUCAGGAGUUAUUCUCCUGCAUUAUCAUGGAUGGGAAACACAGUUGUUAUUUUUUUUCAUACAGGCCAGAUGAGGUCUUUUUAUUGUCCCAACUUUCACCCUGGUCUUACCACUGCCAAAUAUAUAUAUAUUUUUAUGUGAUUUUAUGUGGCACUAGACUCUCAAAGCCCUAGUAACCAUGCCGAUGGUGUUCUCACAGGAAAUGAUUUGGCUGCCACCAGAGCAGUGUGGCCGUGUUGUGAUGGUGCAGCGUGGGACUGGGUUAGUCUCUGGGGUGUUAGGCUGUGUGUGGUGAGACCACAGUGGUCCACAGCCUCUCAUUGUUGGUCUGGCUAUCAGUAGAACAUACAACUGAUGUGAGAAAAGGAGAUACACUGUUAUAACAUGUUAUAGUACCAAUAUUAUAACGUAAUAAUAUAUUUAUAAUACUAUAAUAUGGCAUAUUUAGGAGAGACAUUGUAAAUGUAAGAAAAUCCCAUAAAGGUGUAUAAAACAUUCUUGUCACAUAAUAAAUCAUCCACUAAUGAAUGUAGUACAGACUCUUAGAUUGAAACACUGUGCUGAGGAAAAUCAAUAUUGUCAUCAGUCAGUUAGUCAAUACUGAUCACAUCAGUGAUGGGUCGGCCACUGCGUGCCUCUGCAUUCUUACCUAAGUUGUGUUUAUGUUUGUGUUUUGGUUGAGUGCACUCUGAGUGAGGCAGAUUUGUGACUGACUAGACUGAAGGAUUAUGAUGAGGAAUGAGGCUCAUACACAGGUAGUUACUGCUGACCUGGCAGCCAUUGUUUACGAGACAAAAAUACCUUGGGGCCUUUCUUGUCCCAACAUGCCACAUCCUGGCAGAGUAUUAGCAUUGUAGUGUUUAGGUGGUAAUGGGGUCUUUAAGUGAAGUCAAGGAGAUCUGUUGACUGAGGGAUUGUUUUAAACAUCUGGGGUGGGGUGGAGUCUGACGAGAACAGACAGCCUGUUAGUUAACGCCUACCUGCCAACGUCUGUCCUCAAGGUGUGGGUUGGUGUUCACCUGAAAAUGUCACGCUUUUUGUGUGUUUUCACUAAACUGUUCCACUUAACCUGUAUCUGAUAUUCUCUCUCCAUUCAAUUCAAUAUAAAGUGAUCAAUCAGCAUGCAUGAAUAGUAUGCAUAUGAGCUCAGCUGAGAUCUGUCUUGAAUGGAUUCUCCCUUUUGCAUUUACUGAACAUUCUCACUGAUGUUAUGGUCAUCAGCUCCCUUCCUCCCUGCACCUACAGCUUGACCUAUCAAAGGAGACUGGACUCCUACACUGUCUGAUGAACAGAGAUGAAGUGGGAGUGAGGGAGAGUGAUAAAUGAUAGAGAGAGGGAGAGAAAGAGAGUGAACUAGGCGGCUUGCUCAGCUGUGCUGCAUGUGAUGGUGAAGUGUGACAGCUGUUUUCCAAAUGGGACACAAACAGAGGAGAGACAUUUAGGCCUGCAGGACUCCCAGGCAGCUGAGGAGCAACAAUGAGAGCUCUUGUCUGGAGAGGACUAUUUCAGAGUGAAAAGAGGGAGAGAGAGGGAGAAAGAGAGACCAGCAUAAAGAAGAGGUGGAGAAGUGGGAGGGGCUAGGGUUUAUUAAGUCUGCAGAACACAGGAGGCCGACUGUAUUGCUUCCUGAAACCCUAUCUUUAUCCCCAGUUUAACCCUUAACGUUGGCAGAGCCGGCCUCACUCUAUUUCUGCUUGUCCGUGCAGCAUGCCUUCUCUCUGUAUUCCAACCAGUUCCUUUGUGUUCCCCUGAGGUUACCCGUCGCCAUGGGCACAGCGAGCUUUCAUCGCCAUGGCGAGAGGUAAUGAGUAGCGAUGAGAACGGGAAAUGCCAUGAACCUCUAAUGGUGACUCUCUUCCCUCCGGAUCUCUCUCUCUCUCAGUUUUCUCUCUCUCGAUCUCUGUUUCUCGCUCUCUCUCUCUCUCUCUCUCUCUCUCUCUCUCUCUCUCGCUCUCGCUCUCGCUCUCGCUCUCGCUCUCGCUCUCGCUCUCUCUCUCUCUCUGUUUCCUUCUCUCUCCCACAAGACACUCGCUUACAGAGUAGGACAGUGCCUGUGUGUGUUUUUUAUUUCCUCCUCCUGUCUCUCUCUCCUUCAUUUUUAUUCUCUCUCUGCUGGAGGUUAGGACCAAAAGAUGGCAGGCUACCAAGUCCAGGGAAUAAAAGCAUUCUCCAUUUGUUAGUGUCUUGGCUGACAUUGUGCGGGACGCAGACACUCACACGCGCACACACACACAACCACAUACACUGAGUGAUGCUCGUUUUACAAUUCCUUGUGAAUUGCUGGAUCCAGGAGGCCUUCGUUUUGGCAGGUAGGUUCAAGGUCUUAUUGAAGGAGCUGCUGACAGGGUAGCUGAUUGGACUAAAAGAAGUCCUGUGCUUCACUCCCCCCUGGAACCAUAGCCUUGCUUUGUAUUCAUUACAGAUGAUUCUUAAAGGGUAGGGUACAGAUUGAAGCACUUUACUUUUUAAAAGGGUGCUUUCAUAUAUCUAUAACGUGGUGUAGCCUAUUUCUCUUGUUCCAACGCCCUUCAAUAAAUACCAUCCCAAACGAUGCCAGAGAGAAAAGAAACCUGGUUGUUGUGUCUUUUACAAGCUGGGAUAAUAUAUUUUCCGUCUUGUAUGAACUCAGAUUGUUUGAACGGGCCCUUAUCUGGACGAUAAGGUGGGUCCCACCUAAACCAGCUGUAAACCAGCCAUUCUCUGCUUCCACCCAUAUCCAAUGAAAAUAUAGGGAAAGUAUCUGCCUGAAUUUGUAUGAAAGAGAGAGACCAAAAUAUAGAAUGAGGGAAGCAAAAAGAGGGAGCCAGCCAGUAGGGGGUUGAGAAUGUGACAGGAAAGAGAGAGGAAGUUGAUAUCAGAGAGAGAGAGGGAAGAGGAAGAGAGUAAGAGAGGCUGCAGAGAGAGAGACAGAGCAGUGUUUCAGCUGUCUGUAAGGCGCUCUCUUGUCAGCCGUGUUUCCAGAAGUAGCAGCAGCAUGGGAUCUGGGGGCUCCAGUUGGUGCCCUGGAGAAAGAGGGGUUUACAUUCAGCCUGUGCCCAGAAACAGGGCCGGCUAUUCAGUCCUGCUCCACAGCAGAGGGAGGGGACCACAAAGGCCUGUGUCUUCUGUGAGCAUGGGGGUUGGAAGGCGAAGAUCAUGCCGGCCAGAAACCAGAGGGAGCCCCAUGCAACCAGGAACAGCAACCCAGGCCUGGUCCUUAGAUAGAAGAGAAGUGGGCAUUAUAGCACUCCUCCCCUACCUCUCUGCUUAGUCCGGUGCCUGUAUGGUAGGGAUAGGUCCACUUCUAAUCACUCAUUUACUGCUCUGGGAGGAGGUGUGUCUUUAAGAGUUUCUCAAGAUGUCCAUGGUUGCUUGUGUAACAGGGUUAGAGCGUCUUACUAUUCUUGUGUAAAUCAUGUGGCCGCUUCACACACUCAGUCACACAAGGCAGUCUUACAAAUAUCAGAGGAGUGACAUUUAAAGUGUGGCCAUUCACAUCUCCCUCCAUGUGGCUUCUAAAGAUUUUCCAACAGAUGGAAGUGGAGCAGAAUGAUUCAAGGCAGAGAGAUAAAACAUCUCACUGGAUGUUAAAUGGCUCUUCAGAAGAUCAGGAAAUGUAUGCCACGUGUUUUCCGUGUCUUUUUUCUUCAGUGAAAAUAUUGACUUAUUGCUUUUGCCUUACUGGUUCAUACGCUGGGAUUUAUCAUCUCUCGGACACAAACUGCUGUCAACAAAAUGGUGUCUCUGCACAGCUGUGUGUAAUCAAACUCAGAGAUGCAUAAAGUUAACCCACUGUGUUAACCCUGUUCUCAAUCACUAGCCCUGUUAUUGCCUCCACAUUGGUUACAGCAGGCAGGCCGGUAAUUCAGCAACCACAGUAUAGGGUUAAUUGUGUUUAUUACAGUAUGUGUGUGGGGGACUUCUUAUGUAAUUAGCGCUAAUUACAUAAUUCAAGAUCAGUAGCCUCCUAUACAGUAGCGUGGGCUUCAGAGAAAAGCGAACCCCUGCCUCUCCUUAUCCGCCGCCUCCCAGGCAUAUCCCAUCAGCUGAGGGUUGAGGUGUGGUCAUUUUGGUGUGACUGGUUAGUUCCUGAUCUCUCUCUUUCACAACGGUUUAGCUGAUAGAGUUGCGUGGCCACCCUGUUGAGUGUCUCCAUCUGUAGCUCUAUCCGCCGUGACGCUCUGGCACAGCCUCUGGUGGUAUUAAAUAUCCCUUUAACAGGUGGAACGGUCAAUCUGAAGUCUGUGAUUGUAUCUGGUUUCUCCCUUCAUGUCUUCCUCCCCCACACGGCAGUUACGCUGUUCUGUAUGCCUUUUAAGCUGUGUUUACACAGGCAGCCCAAUUCUGAUCUUUUUUUCACUAAUUGGUCUUUUGACUACUCAGAUCAGCUCUGAAAAAGAUCUGACGUGAAAAGAUCUGAUGUCAUUGGUCAAAAUACCAAUUAGUGGAAAAAUUGAGAAUUGGAAGUGUACACUCUGUAUGGUGUUAAGUUUCUCUCUCUCUGUCCCUCUCUCCUUUCUCCUCUUCUCUCUCUCUCUCUCUGUCCCUCUCUCUCUCUCUCUCUCUCUCUCUCUCUCUCUCUCUCUCUCUCUCUCUCUCUCUCUCUCUCUCUCUCUCUCUCUCUCUCUCUCUCUCUCUCUCUCUCAGUCAUGGCUGCGGAUGUAUGGCUACCUACCUCAGGCCAGCAGACAGAUGUCCACCAUGCGGUCAGCUCACAUCCUUUCAAAUGCCGUCAGCGACAUGCAGCGUUUCUACGGUCUGGAGGUCACCGGCGCGAUGGACCAAGGCACGGUGACGUAUGUCACACUUCCUUCCCUAUUGUGCUCUGUCAUUGCUCCCAUUACUGCCAUCCUAAUGCUAUUAUCCUGAACCAGACCUCUCUCUCUCUGAUGCCUAUGUGUCCAAUCAUGUCAAUGGAUUCAUUUCCUAGUUUGUAAUGGAUUUGUACAGUAUGAGGGAGACGGAAGGAUUUGAGCCUUGGAGUGAUAAGAUCAUAGGAGUGUGAGGUGGCCUGGUCUGGUCUGGGAUGUAGAUAUCAAAUCCCCAACAGGAUGCAAUGUCUUCCUAUCUUUAGGGGUGGCCUAUCUUGAACCCACAGAUCAGUUACUGGACAUAAAACGCAUUCACUUUUCUAUGGUACAGCACCUGGGCUGGUAUCAUGGGCAGUGUAUCUCAUAAAACCCCAGUGUGACACUGUGUAGAGGAGUGGGGAGUGUAACCCUGGUAUCCUCUCCUAGAGCCAUGCGGAGGCCGCGCUGCGGAGUCCCAGACAAGUUUGGGGGUCAGAUCAAGACCAACGUUCGGCGGAAACGUUAUGCACUCACUGGCCACAAAUGGAACAAGAGCCACCUCACCUACAGGUAAAUAACAUAAUUUACUUAAUCUUGGUCAAGCUUCAUCUAUAACCAAAUUCCAAAUGAGUUUUCAUUUGGAUUCCUCCUCUUCCCUUGCAGUAUACAGAACUACACACCAAAGAUCGGGGAGUACAACUCGUAUGAGGCCAUCCGGAGGGCCUUCAAGGUGUGGCAGAAGGUGACCCCGCUGACCUUCGAUGAGAUCCCCUACCAGGAGAUCAAAUAUGGCCGGAGGAAGGAGCCUGACAUCAUGAUCUUCUUUGCCUCGGGUUUCCAUGGAGACAGCUCACCCUUCGAUGGCGAGGGCGGGUUCCUUGCCCACGCCUACUUCCCUGGUCCUGGUAUGGGCGGUGAUACUCACUUUGACUCUGAUGAGCCAUGGACCAUCGGCAAUGGGAACUUGCAAGGUAGGUGAUGGAUGUGGAUGGAUACCAGUCUCUUUAGCUCUACACCAGAACCAUUACAUCUUAUACAUUCUUAUUCAUUAAAUGCAACGUCCCUGCUUUCCGCUCUCCUCACCUACUUUAGCUGGCCUUUCCCUACCUUCCCCUUGUUUACCAUAGUUGGCAUGACAAACCACAUCAUCACUCAUUUGUUGAACAUUUGUUGAGUUUUACUCCUCCAUUACCUCCAUUAAACUUCAAAGUUAGAUGGAUGACAUCAUACAGCUUUUACAACUCCCACCGGCUCUCAAAGCCGUGUUUUAAGGAAUGGUGGUAUUCUUUUCAUCCUUUCAAUCAUUAACCAAACUGGUGUUGCCCAGAGGGUCUUGGUGAGUGACUGAGAGUUUUCCCUGCCUUGUGGAGGUGAACGUUGUCAUUUCCUGAGCCAGUCAGAGCAGAGACAGAUGGCUGGCUAUGCUUGGUGAGGUCGAGAGAGUAGGAGGUGUUACUUGACAGAUCACAGUGAGGGUUUUGAGGUAAUUCCACAGUGGGAGACCGGUUUUUGAGUUGACCCUUUCUUUAACACUGUUGUAUCCUCAUGUAGCCUAGGUCUUUAAAACUCUCUGACACAUUACUUUUAACGGUCUUUUAAACCACGAAAAUUCUAAAAGUAAAGGUCAACUAAGUGUUCGUGGCACAUUAAGGACAUUGUUGGCUAAGCUUAAACAUGCUUGACAGUGUUGUGGUUAUUACACACUGAUAUCUAACAAAGCUGCAUGUCUAUUCAUUAGGCUCUUAGAUGGGGAUAUGUGCUGCUGUGUUCAUUUUAGUGAGGAGGAAGAGAGAUAAGUUGGCUCUUCUCCCGAGACGUUUGAAGUCUGUGAGCCACAUGGUUGUCAGGGUUACCUUACAGAGCCUUCUUUCUUCCCAUCUCUCUUUCUCUCAAUCUCUCUCCGCUUUCUCUCUCUCUCUCUCUCUCUCUCUCUCUCUCUCUCUCUCUCUCUCUCUCUCUCUCUCUCUCUCUCUUUCUUUCUCUGUAUCCUGUGGUAUAUUUUUAGUCACAUGGAUGUGCUGAUAGCUCGCUAAGUCACAGAUUGUGGUUGGUGGAGAACUUGGAAGGGGAUGGGAGGGGAUGGGAGCAUGCAGCUGACAAAAAGAGGAAUCCUGAACAUCUCAACUUCCUCAGAUGACAGAAGCCAUGACAUAAUGUAGUUCCACACGAUGCUGUCUGUCAGUAUAAUAGAGCGAUCCCUACAGACAUCUCACCAACCACCCUCAACAUUCAUUUCAGACAAGAUGGCCCACAGAUCAGGUCAAAGUUCAAUUAAAACUGGAAUGGAAUAAUUUGUCAUUCACUGGGAAAGUACCAGGCCAUAACUUGGAACCAACUUCAAUGGCGAACCUAUAGGAUAGGUCAAUUAAAUUCAAGGCAAUUUCCAUAUACUUUUUUUGUGAGUGUCCACAGGAUGUUCUUUGUGGAGGGUGUUUGAAGUGGCAGUCACUGUGUCACAGAUGUGUUCUCUGUUGCUGUGACAAUGCAUCACUGUCAGUCUGUCUGGGACAACGGCAGGCUUUGAUUGGGGUAUGAGGAGUGCGUGUCUUGAUGCUUAUCAGAAGACAUUAGACCGACCACUUUAUCUACUGAGGGCACCAUUAACACCAUUAAAAACCCUGAACAAGCAAAUGUUUGUGCAUUGACUUCAUAACCUCAAUGGGAGGAGCUUACUGUCUGAACAUAUAGACUACUGCCCCACCACCAUGUAGUCUCAGUUAGAAUGACGUAACUAUAUUCGUCACUUGGCCAGCUCUGGGGAUCAAUAACCAGGGUCAAAAUGGGAAAACCCCUUGACUUCCCCCCAACCCCCACCUCCAACCCAAUCCACAGCUCCAACCCAUCCCCAUCUCCAACCUCAACCCCAGGUCCACCCCCAGCUCCAACCCCAUCCCCAGCUCCAACCAAAGCUCCAGCCCCAACCCAAGCCCUGAGCUCUCCAAGUCAACUCUAUUAGCUAAACUUGCCAAAUAUAGCUGUCCUUCAUUUCACGCCAACCAUUUUAGAACCAUUCUUUUGGAAGCUAUGUACAGUAAAGUUCUGUCUUUCAUUCAGUUUCCUAAGGCUACACUACUAGUUUGUCAUGUUUUCAGUGCCUUUUGUAGCAUGGAAUUAAUGACGUUUUCUGGCUCCUGAAUCAACACACGGUUAGUUAGUGUGUGGAGAGAAAGGAUGAGUAAAUACGUUGUGUGAGAUGCUGCCUGAUGGCCUGUUCCGCUCGUUGUCUGCCAUUCCCUCCUGGGUGACCCCAGUAACUCUGUUAACACUUCCUGCUUGUGGCCACAGCUCAGGUCACCGCUCAGGUCUCAGUGGUGUUACACAAGGGGACUUACAUUUUACAUUUUAGUCAUUUAGCAGACGCUCUUAUCCAGAGCGACUUACAGUUAGUGAGUGCAUACAUUUUCAUACUGGCCCCCCGUGGGAAACGAACCCACAACCCUGGCGUUGCAAGCGCCAUGCUCUACCAACUAAGCUAAAUGGGGCCAGUUUUCUCACUUUACUCACUCACUGUCUAUUUUAGGUUUAGUCGUGACGUGGUGUAUACUUCUUAAGUGCCUUGAGUAUGAUAAUGACUAUCCUCCUUCUCUCUCUCUCUCUCUCUCUCUCUCUCUCUCUCUCUCUCUCUGUCUCUCUCUCUCUCUCUCUGUCUCUCUCUCUAUAUCUCUGUCCAGGUAAUGAUCUGUUCCUUGUUGCUGUACAUGAGCUGGGCCAUGCCCUGGGCCUGGAACACUCCAACAACCCAAUGGCCAUUAUGGCUCCUUUCUACCAGUGGAUGGAAACAGAUGACUUUCAACUGCCCGAGGAUGACCUCAGAGGAAUACAACAGAUCUAUGGUGAGUUGGCCGUCUGUAACAAAACUACUGGUGUAUGGACCUGAAAAGGUUGGCUGUAAGAGCUUUGGUUUUUAUAAAUGUAUAAGAGUAGUGGUUCCAGCCCUGGGCACCGCUUUGAUUACAACUCUGAUUGGAGUUGGAGUAGUCUGAGGUCUGUGUUUCCACUCUACAUGCCUCCUGCCCACAGCAUGCUCUAAGUGGAAAAUCAGCCUGCUGAUUCACAUAUCCACUUAUCUAGCUUGGGCAAAACCAGGACACAGCUACCAAUUAUGAGAUCAGUUGGAGGACAAAUCUCUAAGCCCUUGAUUUCCUUUUAGGAUUUUUGAGUGGAGAGUAGCCUAUAACUGCUGUUAUUUGAUGCGUUUAUCACUUUAUUUCUGCAGGUCAGCCAGACGGUACACCCACCCAGGCUCUUCCCACUGUCACUCCUCGCCGGCCAGCCCAGCCAGAACCCAAACCCCCCAACUCUCCACCCAACUCUCCCCCCAACUCACCCCCCAACUCUCCUCCCAACACUCCCCCCAGAUCUCCUCCUAACUCUCCCCCCAACGCCCCACCCCGGAGGCCAGAUAAGCCCCGCACGACUGACCGCCCGGACCACUACGGCCCCAACAUCUGUGAAGGAAACUUCGACACGGUCACCAUGCUCAGGGGAGAGAUGUUUGUGUUCAAGGUGAGGACCUCAGACUGCCCCCACACAUAUGAGAUGAGUUGAUUCAGUCUCAGGGCUUCUGCUAGGACCUACAUACUGUCACUGGCUACCACCUGGUUACUCUACCAUGCACCUUAGAGACCACUGUCCUAUGUACGUAGUCAUGGAAUACUGGUCACUUUAAUAAUGGGUUUUACCCACUUCAUAUGUAUAUACUGUGUUCUAGUCAAGGCCCAUCAUAUUCAACUAUUGCUGUACAUAUACUAUUCUUCAGAUAUACUACAUAUUCUAUCCAUAUACUGUCCAUAUUGUCUAUACAUCCCGUCACAUAUAUAUAUUUAUACUCCAGACUCCGACAUUGCUCGUCCUAAUAUUUCUAUAGUUCUUAAUUCCAUUCUUUUACUUUUUAGAUUUGUGUGUAUUUUUGUGUAUUGUUGAAUAUUACUGCACUGUUGGAGCUAGGAACACAAAUAUUUCGCUAGUAGGUAAUUUGAUCAAAGGCUGGUCGUAUUGCAGCCAGUGGGCGUGAUAACCAUGCUGCUGUCUGUCUAUGUCUCUCAGUAGUGCAGUAAAAGCUGCUAUGCCCAGGUUAGGAGCCAUCUGGAGAGCUUUAUGGGCAGGUGGAUCAGGGCCUGAGUUCAAUUGGGCCCUAAGCAGGCUGUAAAACCCCAGAACCGCUCUCUUUUAUGACAUGGAGCCCAGUAAAGAGGAGAGGAGCAGCACUCUCUAGGUCUCAGGUGUGCCUUAACAACUACUGGACCAACCAGUACAGGGCUGCGGAGAUGGCUCUCAUUUGAACCAUUUGUUAGGCCAUUUGCUGACAGCUGGAGAGAAUUUCACUGUUUAUGCUUCAGUUGAUGUGGUCAACUCCUCUCUUAUGUAUGAAAAGAGCCAGUGCUUGACUUGGGCAGGAGCUCGCCGGAGCUGAGUACCGGCACCUAAAAUAUUUUACUGCUUGAGCGCCUGCACUUCUUAUAGAAUAUUAGCUCAAAAGUAUCCUGCACCUAAAUAUAAAUAUAAACAGUACCGGCACGUAAAAUGAGUGCCGGCACCUAUUUCAGUCCAAGUCAAGCACUGAAAAGAACCAUGUUCCCUCUACAGCACUAUCACUUCUCUUACUUUUGGCUGUAUCUAAAUAAGUUGGAUGUCUCUUUCUUCCAAGAACUGCCAUUUGCCAUGACUUCAGUUAUCUGUCUCUCUGUCCAACUGUCUCUGUGGGAGAGGGCAGAGAAGGUGUACACUACAGGCAGCAUAGAGUUGGAGGGGAGUGAAGAUAUGAGAGCAGGGGGAAAAGAGUCGCCUUUAACUGUGCUGUGCUCUUUUGUCAUCAGGCUUUAUUUGAAGUACACAUACAUUAGCUUACGAUAGACUGUAGCUUCACAAAGCCGUCUCCUGCUAAUGCCCUUAGGAAAGGUACCAUCAAGCCCAGACUGUCCCUGACGUUGAGUAGUGUUCAUAUUAAGGAAUAGCUGGUCAGUUCUCUUUUCUCUUGUGUGCCAGUGAGGUUCCACAGUCAGUAGAUUUGACUAGUGGGGGUGGGGGUUUUCAGAAUCGUAAUUACACUUCUGUUAUCCUCUUCUCUUCCUGGCUCUCCAUGUUCACAGAAGAUUGGAGUAGAUUAGAUGCAGGGCAGGUCUGCUUUAAAUUAUGUUCUGUUCACUAACAGGCUGCGCUCCUCGCUUGAAGGACAAAGACAAGCGCUGCUGCCAGGAAGAUGCAACUCUUAGCUUUUACCAUUAAUGCUGACAGCCAAUGCUAUUAACUUACCACUAAUGAAUGAGCUUGCAGAUCCGUGAGGUAGUUUUUGGAAAGCACUCUUAGGCCUACACUGAGAGGGCGAUUUCCUUCUUGUACCGUUUCAGACAUGUUUUUAACUACAUUAUAUAAGUCCAACUCGUAAAAUGCUCCUCAUGCAACAUGCAGCAAGCCCAAACCAGUUCCUACAGUAAUUGGACAUGCGAUAUGCUCAGCGCUGUGGUUGUGGGUAUUAAUAGCCUUCUAGCAUUGCCUUAGUUAUUUCAUUGUCCGUUCUGGUAGGCUUGUCAUGUAGUGCAGGCAUUCGGAUGCGCUUGGGAGCCCGACCACCCAGCAGCAGGCGUCUCCUGAACCCCAAACACUGCUGGAACAGAGCCUGUGUUAUAGUCAGGUGACAGAGAGAUUACGGACUAACAGCUGUUUUUCCCUCACCUUUUAUAUGGAACUUAAUGUGCCCUAUUUUCUCUGUUUCUAUAGACGGGACCCUACCCUCUCUUUUAGACACUGCAGAGUGUGCGAUGGCGGUGAAAUGAAAGGGGGGAGUGUGUGGCGUGGAGAAGGGUAGGUGGGUUAGUGGAUGUAGAGGAGGGGGGCUGGGUGUUAGAACAGACGGUUUCAAUUUAGAGGCCCUUGGCUGCGUUCCUGGGUCUGGUUUAUAUAUUAGACAGGUCUGAAGUAAUCUCAAGGUCUGGGCCUGAGCCAACGAGAUGGAGGGAAUGUGAAGGUCAAGCUCGGACGCGCACCGCACCAUGAGACUAGGGACUUACUGAGGACACACUGAGAGAGAGAGAGAGAGAGUGCGAGAGAGAGAGAGAGAGAGAGAGAGAGACAGAGAGAGAGAGUGUAUGCGUAUGUUAUUGAAGUAUUUCUCCCAUUGAUUGAUCCAAACUGUUGAACGUGGCUGUGAAGACUUCCUCCUCCAGGCAAUGUGCUAAACAGACUCUGAUAGAGAGGGGAUGUUCAAGAACUAUCAGGCACAUGGCCCAUCAUGUUUGACACUCUCUGUUCCUCUCUCCCAUAUGACUCUGCAAUUUAUGGAUUGCAUGAUGGUACUAAACUGCUGAUACACAGUCUUGCGUCCAUAUCUGGUGGGCAGGCAGCAACCCCCAGCUAUGUCUGGUGCUCCAGAGAGCCAUGUCACAGGCAAGGGUCAGAGGUUGGAGGUCAUGCUGAGCAUUAGAGCUCCAGUGGAUGUGUCCUCUAACAGCUCUCCCCGCUCUUUUCUGACAGGGUCGCUGGUUCUGGAGGGUGCGGAGGAACAGGGUCCUGGACAACUACCCUAUGCCCAUUGGUCACUUCUGGAGGGGACUGCCUGGAGACAUCGAUGCAGCCUACGAGAGACACGAUGGGAAAUUCGUCUUCUUUAAAGGUAUUUGUACUCUCAUAAUAAUUUUACCAGAUGUGCACGUAAGACUACAAGCAGGCGCGCAGGCAUACACACAAACACACGCACACACACGCGCACACACACACAGUCAGUCAUUGUUGUUUUUUAAAUGAGGGUUAAACAGAAGAGAAAUAGUCCAACUCAGAGGACUGGAACAGUGUUUGUUAAUGUGCUGAAGUAGCAGCAAUCACAAAACAACUGAACGCUUUGGUUACACUAUAAUGAAGCAUUGUUGCUGAUACCAAAAUGGAUUCACAAACAUUGUUUCAGUCCUCUGUGUGUAUUUUCUUUUUACGCUAGUGUGCCUUGGAGACGAAACAUAAAGCUGUUAGUAUUUUCCACAUUACAAUAUAAUUACAGUGAGUAAACAUUGCUAAUUUCACAUUAACACUUGUUUUUGCAGACAUUAAGUGUUCCUUGGUCUCCACAUUCACUUUAGCAUAGAGCCACAAAUGUAUUGUAACCCCGGAUAGUAUAUUACGGACAAACGGUCUUUGAAUUGAUAGAAGAGAUUAUGUUUCUGUCUAAAUGGAAAAUAUAAUGACAUCGUCAAGUUAAAAUGGGAGGACUGGAGAUCCCUAGAGUCUUGUGCUGAAAUGCAAUCGGAUUGGGCUAGACAUGAGAUCUCCUUGGUGGCAGUGAAUGCUCGUUGGCUCGAGCUGUAAUCCUCCCCAGACUCCUCAUUCGGUCACAACUACCUCUUUCCUCCCUGCACCGUUGCCACAGAAACCGUCCCAUGCCCCCAAACACUUUAGGUUUUAACUUUCAUUUCGAUCAUUUUCCCUCAUUAGGUUGACAUAAAAAGUGCUUUUGCUGCUGUAAGGUUUUCUCCCAGACCUCAUUGCGGCUUUCUAUUGAUUUCCCCCCACCUCCUCCUCAAUUGUUAAACCACAAAUGUAAUAAUAUCCUUAGGAGAGCCUACACAAUAUGAUUUGUCUGUAGAGGUUAUUGUAGAUCCCGCUGGCAUCUCUUUGUUCUAUGAAUUUUGUAACCAGAAACAGUGAAAGAAAGAUGGAGAUAGUGAAACCGCUUUUUGGGGAUACAUUUGAGCUGUCGCUCUUUAAAACAGCUGGCUCUCCCUAAAGAAAGUCUUCAGGGCAAGUGAUGUCAUUGGCAAGACCUUCUGAAAUGUGGAUGACAGCCAUAGGAAAGAAACUAAGGGACCAAAAAGUUGGCCUGCAACAUCUGGCAGAUGUGAGUGAGAGAGUUGCAUCAGCCGUUUGUCUCCCGAUGCUGACUGCAAAGGAUUUCUUUUCAAUGAGAACUGGGCCAGGAGAAUAGAAAGCAUGUUGGUGGUGCCUUUGUGUCUAACAUACUGUAAAACAAUACAAAACGACUCACCAUGUCCUCGACAUUUCAAAUGCAUUAUAUCUAACCAAAGCUGUGCAUAAACUCUAUUUCUCUCUCUAUAAUGCAUGCUAGCCAGCAAAUAAACAAGACUGUAAUGUAAUGGCGGGUUAACAGUUUCCAUAGCGAUCUCCAGGUUUAUGAGUGGUAGUUGUUGGAAAGGGAAAGUCCAUAUGCAUUGCUCCACAAAAGACCAUUAACCAUGAAUCCCUUUCUCCCUCCCUCCUUCUCUCCCUCCGUCCCUCCUGAAUUAUUAUGUCCAACCCAAUAUCUGUCCUCCCUUUUCUUUCAUCUCCUUGAUGUAUAUGUUCCCCCACCCCUCCUACAUCACUGUCCUCCUCCUCCUCUCCUCUCCUCAACCCUCCUCUCCUCCACCUGUAGGGAAUAAGUACUGGUUGUUCAGGGAGGCCAACCUGGAGCCUGGUUACCCCCAGGAGCUGACGGACUAUGGCAGGGACAUCCCCUAUGACAGGAUAGACACAGCCAUCUGGUGGGAACCAUCAGGUUUCACAUACUUUUUCAAAGGAGACUGGUAAGGAAGGGACUCUCCCUGUUAUCUGUGAAUUUCAUGACUGUUGCCCUUUUUCAUGUUGAUAGAUGGAGUUUCCAUCAUGUCUUCACUACUGUAAAUUGUCUUCUAUUGUUUUGGCUAUGGAAUAUGUUUUUACACGAUUACGAUGACAUAAUCUCUUGGCGUGUAAGGAUGUGGCAUCAUCUCUUUUGUGCUGACUGCUUUGGUUUAGGAGACACAUACACCCUGAGUUCUACAUGAAUGCCUGAUUUAACGUAAGUGCUGUAUAGUGGUUUAACAUACUGUUAUUCUCUCUCUCCUCUCAUCUCUAGGUACUGGCGCUUUAACGAACAGUCCCGUGCAGUCGACAAGGACUACCCCAAGCCAAUCAGUGUGUGGGGCUCUGCGGUCCCGUCCUCUCCCAAGGGGGCUUUCCUCAGCGAUGAUGGAGGUGAGAGAGGCGAGAGGGUGGCCAGGAAAAUGGCAGUAAUAAACACUGAACAAAGGAGAAGGGUGGGUUUGGUCAAUCAGAGAGAGAGGGAGAGGGGGAGAGAGGGAAGGAGAGAGAGGGGGGGCUUAGUGUAGGGAAUAUGAGCUGAGUAGGGAAAGAAGUGACAUCAUCUUGAAAGGAUUAAAGAAAAAGACUGUCUUUUUCCCCCCAAAACUGUAUUUACUGUCUCACUCAAUGCCAUGGAUAAGUAUUUGAUUAUCAUAACAUUGUAUUUUGUACUAAACAUCCUCCCUCUGUCUUCCCCUCCCAGCUUAUACAUACUUCUACAAGGGAUCCAAAUACUGGAAGUUUGACAACCACCGGAUGAAGAGUGAGCCAGGCUACCCUAAAUCCAUCCUGAGGGACUUCAUGGGCUGCAGUGUGGACCUGGACCCAGAUAGAGACAGGGACACCGACGCAGGCCGAAAGGUCCCCGACGUGGAUCGCCCGCCCUUCAACCCUGACGCCGGCCGGGACAAAGACAAGGACAAGGAGAAGGACAAGGAGCGGGACCACACCAACGAUGUAGACUAUAAGGACGAGAGAGACGAGGAGACCAACGAGGUGGACGUGGUGCUGAAGAUCGACGAGAGUGAGACGCGCGCUAUGAACAUCAUCAUGGUGACAGUACCCCUGAUCCUGGUGCUGUGCAUCCUGGGACUGACCUACGCCAUCAUCAACACACUGAAGAGGAAAGGAGCUCCCAAACUGCUGGUCCACUGCAAACGCUCCAUGCAGGACUGGGUGUGACCUCUGACCCACUUAAUAACCCCCCCCCAACCUGAACCCUACCCUCGUUCUUAUAUAUUCUCAUCCAAAACAUGAUAGUAUAGACAUACGUGCAAAUACAUACAUACACGGAUUCAAAUACACACACACACGCACACACACACACACACACACAGCAAACAUA